GGUCCAUCGUCAUGGGCAUUUAUAAACUCAGACAACGGCGAGGAUCAGCAUCAGUCAACUUUGAAUUGUCUUCUAGUGAGGAACAGUUAGCCAAAGUCAAAACUAAUAACCAAACAUGUCUCUUGAACGUGCCGUUAAAGCCAAGAUUGCCGCCAAGCGCAAUCCCCAGAUGGACAAAGAAGCCCAAGAAUGGAUGGAAGCCAUUUUGGGUGAGAAAUUCCCCGCUGGCGUUGAAUACGAAGAUCACCUCAAGGACGGUCAAGUUUUGUGCAAACUGAUCAACACCUUGUCCCCCAAUGCCGUGCCCAAGAUCAACAGCUCCGGUGGCCAAUUCAAGAUGAUGGAAAACAUCAACAACUUCCAAAAGGCCUUGAAGGCUUACGGUGUACCCGAUUUGGAUGUCUUCCAAACUGUUGACUUGUGGGAAAAGAAGGAUAUUGCUCAAGUGACCAAUACCAUCUUUGCCUUGGGCCGUGCUUGCUACAAACACCCUGAAUUCUCUGGACCCUACUUGGGACCCAAGCCCGCCGAUGAAUGCAAGCGUGAAUUCUCUGAAGAACAAUUGAAGGCUGGCCAAACCAUCAUUGGCUUGCAAGCCGGUCAAAACAAGGGUGCCACCCAAUCUGGCCAAAACAUCGGUGCCAGCCGCAAGAUCUUGUUGAACAAGUAAAUU